AAAUGGGGAAUGUAGUGAUGAACAUCAGAGCAAUAAAGACCUGCAAACCGUGAGGAAAGUGUUCGGGGGUACGUUUAAGCCUUACGCUGUGAAAAUCAAGGAUCAGAUUAGAUAUGAAAAGACAGAAAAUAGUACACGGUGAAAGGACUUUGAGUGACAGCCGAGGGAUGAAGCUGCCUUUCUUUUUAGGAUUAAUGGAGGAUGCCACUGAGGUCACGUCUUGAAAUGAAGGAAAGGAAAUGAGUUUUAAACAGCAGAUUCAAAUAUUCAGAGGGCCCGAUGUUUAGAGUUCUGUUUUAUGGUGCAAUGUCAAAUACUUUGACUUUGUAGUUCUGCCACUGUUGAGGGAGUUUUUUAUAAGUUGUCAGGUAGUGAAACAGGCAAACCUACAUGUCAAGUCAGCCAUUAAAAGCUUUGCAUUCAUGAUUUUAGUGCACAUCAUUGGAAUAUGCAUGCAUACAUACAUCUCAGUUCACUUACUGAGACUGAUCUGUGUUCUUGUUGUACAUUAGAUACCAGUUCUUUUUGCUUAGUAUAAAAAAUCAAUGUGCAAAUUUAACCUGAGUCACAUGAGACAUCCUUAGUCUUUGAAGCCUUUUCUUUUUGUUAAACUUUAUUCAACACUUUGCAUAGUACGAAACUGCAAACAUAACAGAUAACAGAGCAGUCACAGACAUUUAUGUAAUCCCAAAAAAGAUUACUCUACUUUCACAUCAGUCCAUAUCUGGACUUGAAACUGUUCCUCUUAAACACUGUCCUCUGCUGCUCCUUCUUCUUCUUCUUCUUUAAAAAAACGGAGAUCCAUUUAUCUUGUAAAGCUUUAAAAAAAAAAAAAAGAAAUAUGAUAUCUCACUAGAUUUAAAGUAAAUACAGCAUAUAUUCUUUCUCCUGUGUUAUCCUCGAGCUGUAGUGGGAAGCACUUUCAUCACAAAAUGUGGGAAACUGCUGCAGCACAACAAAGGCGGGCACUAUUUUGUCAUUCCUUCUGGAAGGUAGCAUCGGUUUCUUCCCUGAUGGACUUUCAGGAAUAUUUUAAAAAACUAUUACCAGCCAGAGAAUAAUAAACUAUUGUUCUUUGACUUUUUUUGUGUCUUUUUUAACUGUUUUAUUAAUUGUUUGGGUCUAAUUCCUGUGAUGUAAUGCUGCACCCUGGAUUAAUAUGUCAGCAGGAUUCAAACAGUAAUAAAAUCAGUCCAUUUCUAGAGCAGAGAGACAUCUGUGACUUUGUGAACCCGGAAAAAAAAGGAGGGAACACAACUCCUGACAAAAAUGAUUUGUUGUUCUCUCCGUGCGGAUUAAUCUCUCGGAUGUCAGGUGAACUUUAAACCGGUGUGAUGGACUACUUCUUAAACAAGCCAGCGGAUUGUUUUAAUAGCAAAUCUAAAGAGUUCUCCAAACUUAAUGGAGAGAUUAAUGUUUUAUUUAUUUAUUUAUGGGACUUUAUUUACAUCUGCUGCCACAGUUGUCAACAUCAUGUGUCACAAAUGGCAUAUAAUUAGUUGUCUUAAAUAAAGACUUUUUGUGGUAAGUGAAACAAAGCAGUGAUUAGUGCAAAAUAGCAUCAUACAGUGUGACGUACCAUUUAAAUGGAAGUUUUGGGUAAUACAUGAUUUUAUUAAUUGUUUGACACCUAAAUGAAAUGGUAUUUUGUCAAAAUGAAUCUUUUUUUUUUUAACUUAAACAAAAAAUGUUUCCAAUGUGAAAAGAUACUCGAUGUUACUCAAAUGUGGAAGCGUUAACUCACAGCGGUAACUUUCAGUAUUUCAGGGGUUGUUUAAAUCUCUCUAUUCUUAUUGCAAACUAGUCAAGCUUUGUAUGAGUCUCAGCACCCUAGACUUAUGUAACGGCACUGAUACAAGCUACUUUGGCUUCUGUCUCUUUAAAACCCCUCUCCCAUUUUCUUCUGAUUAUGUCCAUUUUGCCUGGCUUUUGCAAAAAGAACCUCGAGUUUGUGAGCGUCACGUCCUCUGCUUGCCAGUUCAGAGGUUCAGAAAAACAAACAAAAAAACCCCAGUAAACCUAUCAUUUCUUAUUCUUGAUCGGAAAUGGCAGCUCCGCACCUCCAUCUGCAUGUGUUAGCACCAGAAUCCAUGGCCAGCACAAACAUCUUAAGCAACAACGAUUACAACAGAGCAUGUCUAUUCUGUGAAUUUUGAGCUCAUUGCGUGCUAACUGCGUAUAUAAUCUAUAUAAAAAGUAUCUGUUCUUGGCUGACAGGAGCGGCACCUGACCGUCUUCUGCUGCUGUAGCCCAUCUGAUGGGGUGCUCAGGAGGUAGAGCAGGUCUACUAAUGGGAAGGCUGGUGGUUUGAUCUCCGGCUGCCCAACUCUCCAGUUUACAUGCCUAAGUACACCUUGGCAAGAUACUGAACCCCAAGUUGCUCUUGAAUGUGUUCAUCGGAGUAUAAAUGUAUGUUAAUAUUAGAUAGAGAGCACUUAGGUGUAGAAAAAGUAGGAAUGUGUGAAUGAGUGAAAGAGGCAUGGGGUAUAAAGCGCCCUGAGUGUUCAAGUAGUGUAGAAAAGUGCUAUGCAAGAACCAGUCCAUUUACCAUCUGUUUCAAGACUGGACACGUUGCAUGCUCAUAGAUGCUUUUCUGCAUACCUUGGGUGGUUAUUUGAGUUACUUCUCCAUCAGCUCACAGUAGUCUAGCAAUUCUCUUCUGACCUCUGCUAUCAACAAAUCAUUUUCACCUAGAGAUCUGCCACUGAGUGGAUAUUUUCUCUCUUUUGGACCAUUCUCUGUAAACCCUGAAGAUGCCUGUGUGGGAAAAUCCCAGCGGAUGAGCAGUUUCGGAAACACUCCGACCAGUCUGUCUGGCACCAACAACCACACCAUCUUCAAAGUCACCUAAAUCACCUUUCCUCCUCAUUCUAGUGCUCGGUUUAAACUUCAGCAGGUCAUCUUGAUCAUGUCUUCAUGCCUAAAUACACUGAAUUGCUGCCAGGUGAUUGGCUGAGUAGAUAUUUAUUAGAUUGUUUAUAUUUAUUGAUAUAUUGAUAUAACGAUUUGAUAUAUUGAUUUGAUAUAUUGAUUUGAUAUUAACACAUUAAUGCGCAAUUAAAGAAAACAUGUACCUAAGAAAAUGGCUGGUGAGGAGUAUGACUCUAUUGUUUUCUCUAACAUGUUUUCUCAUUUUGACUUGGGUGUAAAAUUAUUAUUAUUAUUUUUAACAUUUGAUGAGCUUCUUGUAUUUUGGGAUAAGAUGGGAUCUAUUGUGAUGUCACAGGUCAGAAAAUUAAGCAAGUAGUCAAAUGUAAAUCAGCCAAAGCCACCUAUACAGUGCACUAGGGGUACGAAUAAGGAUGACACUGUAUGGAAAUUCAGAUUUGCAGCCCAGUGAAGACACACCGACCUGAUUUCCAGCAGGCUGGGAUGUUUACAUUUGCAGGUACCAGAAAGGGCUGGAAAUAAAACUCUGACAAUUUAGCUUUACUGCCUACCAAACAUCACUAAGCUUGAUGAUUGUGGUGUAAAACAAAAAGUGUUAAGUCCUUAUCUGGGCAUCCCUUUAGGAGACUAACAAGCAGCAAAUAAAUAAAAGAGAAUAACCUGUUUCCCUGUGUGCUACUUUAUAUCCACGUAUUAUGUGGCCGCUGAUGGCGGGGAAUUAAAAUAAAUAAUUUAAGUGGAGGAAGAGUUCUCUUAGUUGUGCAAGCGGCACACAAAUGAUGAUUUUAAUUAGUUUACCACUGUGUCGUGGGGAAACAUUUUGAGGGAAACAAACUGUUCAGCCCUUCUUGUUGGUUGGCAGUGAGCCAGAUGAGAUUGCUGUAUGGUUUAAAUCACUUUAGUGACAUUUGGAUUGAAUCAUACAACCUUAAUGCAGCCAGCUGUCAACAACCUUUCAUCAAAUUAAUUUGCCACAUUGGCCAGAAGUAUUUCAUCGCUUCUCCCUUUAACUAAAAUUGUCUUGUUGAGCUAAUAAAACUGAAACACUGAUGCCAAAAACACAGGUGAUAUGUGACCAAACAGCUUUGUGCACUAUUUUAGUUUUAAUUAACCCCCAACUGAUGAUUUUCAAUGAAGCAUUCAGCGUUAUUUAUACAGUGGGGAUCAUGCCAGUGUUUAUGGGAAAAAAUAAAAUUCAAUACUAUCAUUACCCGGUGGUCAAUUUGAGAUAUUUUAACCCUGGGUGAGAAAUCUGGGCAGUUAAGAGAAUAAUUUGGGUUGGUUUAUGGAUUACAGCUGCCAUUCCUUAGAUUUUUCCACGUGGACUGUUUUUAUUUUUAUUUUUUUCAUAGCCAGGUGAACCUGCAAAACCCAGAUAAUGCAGUAGAGCCAUACACAUCAUAUAGACGCACAUUCUGCCUGCCGUACAUGUGCUGCCAAGGACGUACUAUCCACGUUGCCCACCAGAAAUGACCAAGAUGGGCACAAGAUUUGCGCAUCCUGAGCAUCACAAACAACCACGCAUGCUUAAACACAGGAUGCAGCUCGUGUAAAACUCGUGUCAAUCAGACUUAAGUGUCAGUUUUGUGCCCAACAUCAUUCACCGGGUUGGGCAAAUAUCAGAAUUGUUUGUUGCAGUGUAAGGCCCGAUGCCACAAACACCAAACCCUCAGAUUACAUUCUCUCAACUAUUUAACUACCAACUCCAAUGCUAGAUCGCAUCCUUGAAUCAUCCUCUCCAGUUUGUCCUGCCUGGGCGGGGUGAGCGCGUGUGCCAUCCUGGCUCCUAUGGCAACCCGAUAGAUUAGCUCCAUCAAUAUUCACGUUAUUAGAAAGCGCGAGGCUUAUGGAUUAGUGAUGUCAGCGCUCAGUGAAAGCCAGGGGCAGCUGCGUGCAUGUGUGUAUUCACCUUGCGCCGUGAGAGGGCUCAGAUAGGCUUUCGGGGGAGGUGGGGAUCAUGCUUUGUCAUUGAGGAGCUCAGCAGCAGCAGCAGCAGCAUUCUCCCACUCCGGCACGUCCGACGCUCAGCAUGCUGCAUCCUGAUGCGCUCCCGUCUGCACUCAACGAGCUUACCUGGAUUUACAUGCAUUUGUCGUUUGGCGCUUUUACAUGAGCGUCUGAUCGCAGCCGCCGCGUAUUCGUUGACGCAUCUCAAUGUUUGAACCGGAGGAGAGCGGCACGUCCCAAGAGUCAGAUAAGAUACGACCCGUCCUGCGGACCUCCCCCGUCACUGUUUUUGCCUUCAGCGGCACCCCGAGUGUGUGAGAUUCAUGAUUCAUCCCCCCGCUUUCACGGGCUGUCCUUAGAGCGCAACCUCUUCUGGUUCUUCCAAAUGGAGAGAUUCCAGUCCUCCAUGCGCAAACGGCUCUACAGCUUGCCGCAAAACAUUGGGCAAAAGCCCUUUGUGACUGACGAAGGGGAGAACGGCGACAAGGACACUAAAAGGAAAAGUAUCGGGCUCAAACAUUUGUCCUCUCUGUCUCCCGCGAGCAGUUGUAAGAGCAUUGGGGAGGCCGGGGUCGAAGACUUUGAAAGGGACGUCACCGUGAAGACCAACUUGAAUGGGGACUGCCGCUUUUUUAGGGGCAGCAUCUCUUCCAUCUCCGGACGGCAUCCCCCCGGGUCAGAUUUGGCGGAGCAGAGGCGCCUCAUCCCCGAGGCUGAUGCUGGAGUCAACGAGAGUUUCCCCGGUGAGCACGGCCCCGGGGCCCUGCAGCGGGCAACGGGUGGGCUGACCGGCAUAGUCGGGCAACCGUCACUGUUUGACCAGUCAACUUUCAUCAAGUUGGAGGGCUCUGAGCAAAUAAUACCCGAAGAUGAGCGUCUCUACCAGGCUGGCUUCAUGCACCGGCAGUUUGGGGCGAUGCUCCAGCCGGGAGUCAACAAGUUCUCCCUGCGGAUGUUGGGCAGUGAGAGGGCCGUGGAACACGAAAGGGAACGCGUGAAGUCUGCAGGCUUCUGGAUAAUCCAUCCCUACAGUGAUUUUAGGUUCUACUGGGAUCUGACAAUGCUGCUGUUGAUGGUGGGAAACCUCAUCAUCAUCCCCGUGGGCAUCACCUUCUUUAAGGACGAGCACACGCCGCCCUGGAUAGUCUUUAACGUCGUGUCGGACACCUUCUUCCUCAUGGACCUGGUCCUCAACUUCCGCACGGGCAUCGUCAAGGAGGACAACACGGAGAUCAUCCUGGACCCGCAUCAGAUCAAGAUCAAGUACCUGAAGAGCUGGUUCGUGGUGGACUUCGUCUCCUCCAUACCCGUGGACUACAUCUUUCUUAUCGUGGAGACGCGCAUCGACUCAGACUUUUACAAGACGGCCCGAGCUCUGAGGAUCGUCCGCUUCACAAAGAUCCUCAGUCUGCUACGGCUGCUGCGCCUCUCCAGACUCAUUCGCUAUAUCCACCAGUGGGAAGAGGUUUUCCACAUGACAUACGACCUUGCCAGCGCCAUGGUGCGUAUCAUGAACCUGAUUGGUAUGAUGCUGCUGCUGUGUCACUGGGAUGGCUGUCUGCAGUUUCUGGUUCCCAUGCUGCAAGACUUCCCCCCAGACUGCUGGGUCACCAGGAACAAGAUGGUGAAUGACACCUGGGGUCAGCAGUACUCCUACGCCCUGUUCAAGGCCAUGAGUCACAUGCUGUGUAUCGGGUAUGGCCUGUACCCUCCUAUCGGCAUGGCUGACGUGUGGCUCACUAUCCUCAGCAUGAUCGUGGGUGCCACCUGCUUUGCCAUGUUUGUGGGGCAUGCGACUGCACUCAUUCAGUCUCUGGACUCCUCCAGGAGGCAGUACCAAGAAAAGUACAAACAAGUGGAGCAGUACAUGUCCUUCCACAAGCUUCCUGCAGACAUGCGUCAGAGGAUCCACGACUACUACGAACACCGGUAUCAGGGCAAGAUGUUUGACGAGGAGAGCAUACUGGAGGAACUGAAUGAGCCGCUGAGAGAGGAGAUCAUCAACUUUAACUGUCGCAAACUGGUCGCCUCCAUGCCCCUGUUCGCCAACGCUGAUCCCAACUUCGUCACCUCCAUGCUAACCAAACUACGCUUUGAGGUCUUCCAGCCGGGCGACUACAUCAUCAGGGAGGGGACCAUCGGCAAGAAGAUGUACUUCAUCCAGCACGGCGUUGUCAGCGUCCUGACCAAGAACAGCAAAGACACCAAGUUGUCCGAUGGCUCUUAUUUUGGAGAGAUCUGCCUGCUGACCCGAGGCAGGAGGACUGCCAGCGUGCGGGCAGAUAACUACUGUCGACUGUACUCUCUGUCUGUAGACCACUUCAACGAGGUGCUGGAGGAGUAUCCCAUGAUGAGGAGGGCGUUUGAGACUGUGGCGCUCGAUCGCCUGGAUCGCAUAGGGAAGAGGAACUCUGUUCUUCAACACAAAGUUCAGCAUCACCAAAGUUCUGGCACACUAAACCUUCAUGAGAGUGAGAUCAUCCAAAGAAUAGUGCAACACGACCGCGACAUGGCCCAGUGCACUCAGCUGAACCAAACCAGCACUGUGCCGAGUAUAAACCGUCCGCCUGCUCCUCCGUCACCCACCCCGGUCAUCUGGGCCCCGCUGGUUCAGGCUCCGCUCCAGGCUGCGGCUGCCACCACCCCGCUUGCUAUGGCCUUGGCCCACCAGUCCCAGCUUCCUCCAAUCCUCUUCCACCAUCCUCUGGUGCCACGUCCUGGCUCUGUGAAGGACCCGUCCAGCUAUUCAAAGAGAGUACAUGUUGGAGCGAGCGCCUCCAGUAGCUGUGGUUCAGGCCCCAAUUCUCCCACUAGCUCUGCCAACCUUAGAUCUGAGGUUGAGACUGCCACACUAGUAUUCCCCAGGACACAGCUACUUUCCAGUGGGCCGUUGUCACCCAUACUGACGUCUCAGCCCAUCUUCACCAGCAGCCUGCAGCCCCUCGCCCCUCUGCACACACACCAGCCUCUGCUCCAUCCUCCCCACUCUGGCAUGGCGUCGGUGUUUCCCAUCAGCCAGGCCACCGUCUCUUACACCUGCUCCGCUCAGCUCCACUCCCAGCCGUUUCAUGGUGCUAUGACCACCCCACCACGACCGAUAGGUUUACUCCAACAGGGGGCACCAGGGAGGCUAGCAGGGAGAUUCCCGGCCCCCUCAGCCACCACAUUAACCCCUCUUAUUUCAAGCUCAGUCGGCCCCAUACUGAGCCAAUUGCAGCAAACCUCCCAUAUCACCUCACAGCAGGUGGGGUCCAGCAGUGACAGAGCAAGCAGGAGAACCAGUGGCCUGAACCUCCCACAUUUUCCCUUCAUCACCAACACCCAGUCCUCCGCUGGAUUUAAUCAGCCAGUGUCUGCAGUCGGAGCCGGGGCCGCAGCCUCUCUGGCCCAGCACAGCCUGGCAGGACUCCAGUCUGUUUUUCUCCCGCAGGUUCUCCCAGAGCACUCAGCCCUCGCCUCCCUGGCCCAGUAUGGCUCUGCAGAGGCCUCGCCUUGCUACACGCCUCCUGUCCACAGUCCCAGCAUCCAGAGCCCCGUGAGGGGAAGGACAGUAUGCCACAGUGAGCUCCCCAGCACUGCGGACUCUCAUAGUCCUCUAACCCUUCAGACCUCAUGCCCUGCCAGGGUGGCCUGUACCCUCAGACAGAGGGCAGAGUCCUCGGUGGAUCUCUUUUCCCAGGAAAUAAAGACUAUCUCAGGCUCUCACAGCUCUAUAUACCAGGAAAGGCCUUUGGCCAUAAGCGGCUCCUCUGAGGGUGUAGCAGGGGCGCCCAGCCCCUUCUCCUCACUGAUGGCUGUCAGUAAACCCUACACCCCAAUCCCGGGUCAAGCCACUCCUGUCAGUCGGACACAUUCAGGGCCUGAGCCUCAGCACCAGUCCGUUGGUUUUCACUCUCCUCCCAUUAGAUCUCCCGCUAAAAUGUUAGAGAAGGAACACAAACAGUCCAAACUCCCGUCCAAUUUGUGAGAUUUAGACACACCCUCCUUUAAUGCCUGAGUGAAGGGAAGAUCACUUGGCAUCAUUUUAACCACUAUGUCAAAUUUUGAAGUAGGAGGGUGUGCUAUAGCUCAGUGGUUUUGUUUUUAACCAGAGUGAACAGAUCGAGUUUGAUAAUGGACAGUGACAGAUAUAUAUUUUUUACAGGAUACUGCGUCUUUAAAAAUGCUAAUAACAUCCAAACUGUAUUGAUGGGUAUAUGUAACACCUCAUAAAAGUAUCAAUUGUUCCGUGUAUUAUAUUCUAACCGCACUCUGUGAUUUGUAUUUGUUUAAAACCCCAUCGUCCAGGCAAUUUGUGUAACCUUUUAGCCACAUCCUAUUUAGUUGGAACGUCGUCCACAACUGUAUCCAGUUAUGAUCAAAACCAAAAAAAACCUGCUGUCCUCUGUUCACAUCCUUUCCCACUGCUGAGAGCGUCGUGUGAACGCAGGGUUACUCCGUAAGAGAUGUGAGGAGAGACAGACUGUGCACUUUGCUCGUUUCAGAAAUAACCUGAAGGCUUGACGAUGGCACGUCUUCCAAGAUAGCUUUCCAGCAAUAUUGCACACCCAAAUGGGUCACACAGAUCAGAUAGUAUUUAAAAAUAAAUCUAAGUAAUGAAUGUAAUGAAAAUGUGUGAGUGGGAGGAGCGGGAUUCAUUUUGAAUGUGUUUAAACAUGAAGGUGAUGACAGAUUUCACAAUAGAUGCCAACUUAUUUCAGUCUGGCAAUAACUUUGGUACAAAACAUUCACCUGAGCCGAGGUUUGUGUGCCAUUAGCAUAGUAUGCAAUAAUCUGUGUGUUCUUUUGUCUUGUUUUUUUACUGGUAUGCAAAGGUACUGUGAAUCGAAGCACUGACUUGAGAUCAGACUCAUUAAAACAAGGGAACUGAAUUUAAAAAAAAAGAAAGAAGCAAUUGUCGAUAAUCAAAACAUCCUGAAACCAGCGAUGCACUGAGAUUGCUCUGAAUGUUUCUUGCACCAGUCAAAGGGCUAAAAGCAGUUUCCUGGACUCACGAUCAACGAGAACCCCUGAUGGGUCAUAUUGCUGCAUAUUUACCUCUUUCAUUGUACAAUAUUUGAAAGAUUUGACAUGUAUUGUUGAACAAUUGCUGCUUUGUGAUGCUAUGCUGAAUCAAUAACGUGUAUAUCAACUGACUUACUUUUAAAAACCAGACUCUUAAAUCCUUCUACUUGUUAAUAAGUUCACGUGUUUAGAUGAUGCGUCUACCUUUGUGGACCUGCAGCCGGUGACAAACUGUGAGCCGGUCGGCAGGUCGGAUCAUCAGAGGAUCCUGUCCAGUGGCUUUAGCUGCCCGGUUGGUGAGCCUGAGGUCUGCAAUGACUCUGAGUUCCACAAGAAAGAGAUACCAUCAGACACUAGCCAGCCUCUGCCAAUGGGCUCGAUCAAUCCUUCAUUACUAUUCUCCUCCAACCGCCUGCCACAGGCAUUUGCUUAGAGGUUAUUUUGAGUGCAUUCAACUUAAAAGUGUGUGUGCGUGUGUGUAGGAGGUAUCAUUCGUUCAUCCAUCCAUUCAUAUAUUUAUUUAUCAUUUUGCUGCCUUUUAGCCAUCGAAUCUCAUUCUUUUGUCACCUGUAUGUUACAGACAUUUUAUUUAAGCCUCCAAAUUCAAUGCAAUAAAAUGACAUAUGGUUAAUUACCCUCA